UGCCCCUGGUCCUGCUUGUGACUCUGGCUUGCUUGCAGAGCGGGAUGGUUGGCUGUCCGGUCUGGAAUGUCGUCCUGGACGACCAACCUCAGGGACGGUGCUUCAGCUCCUAAGUUCUUUGUUGGCUCCCGAGAUGAGGAGGUGGACUUCCUGGGACCAGACAUGAAGAUGGACGAAAUGGACUUCUUUGAGGAUGAAGAGGAGCAGGAGGAGGAGGAGGAGGAGGAGGAGGAGGAGGAGGAAGAGUCGCCCCCAGAACGGCAGAUUGUCGUUGGCAUUUGCGCCAUGACCAAAAAGUCCAAGUCCAAGCCCAUGACCCAAAUCUUGGAGCGGCUGUGCAAGUUUGAGUACAUCACAGUGGUGAUCAUGGGGGAAGAGGUCAUCCUGAAUGAACCAGUGGAGAACUGGCCAGCCUGUGACUGCCUCAUCUCCUUCCACUCCAAAGGUUUCCCUCUGGACAAAGCCGUUGCUUAUGCCAAGCUCCGCAACCCUUUUUUGAUUAACGACCUUGAUAUGCAAUAUUACAUCCAGGACAGGCGGGAGGUGUACCGGAUCCUGCAGGAAGAGGGAAUAGACCUGCCUCGCUAUGCGGUGCUCAACCGGGACCCUGAUCACCCCGAGGAGUGCAACCUGGUGGAGGGGGAGGAUCAUGUGGAGGUCAAUGGUGCCGUUUUUCCUAAGCCCUUUGUGGAGAAGCCGGUCAGUGCUGAGGACCACAACGUCUACAUCUACUAUCCCACUUCAGCUGGUGGGGGUAGCCAACGGCUUUUCCGCAAGAUUGGGAGCCGGAGCAGCGUCUACUCUCCAGAGAGCAGCGUGCGGAAGACUGGAUCGUAUAUUUAUGAGGAGUUUAUGCCUACAGAUGGCACGGACGUCAAGGUCUACACCGUUGGUCCUGACUAUGCACAUGCAGAGGCACGGAAGUCCCCGGCUCUUGAUGGAAAAGUGGAGCGGGAUAGCGAAGGAAAGGAGAUCCGCUACCCAGUUAUGCUAACAGCCAUAGAGAAGCUGGUGGCCCGAAAAGUCUGUGUGGCCUUCAAGCAGACAGUGUGCGGCUUUGACUUACUGCGGGCCAACGGCCAAUCCUUUGUCUGUGAUGUCAAUGGCUUCAGUUUUGUGAAGAACUCUAUGAAGUAUUAUGACGACUGUGCCAAGCUCCUUGGGAACAUCAUCAUGCGGGAAAUGGCUCCUCAGUUCCAGAUCCCCUGGUCCAUCCCCACGGAAGCAGAAGACAUCCCCAUUGUGCCCACAACUUCAGGGACAAUGAUGGAACUACGCUGUGUGAUUGCAGUUAUAAGGCACGGUGAUCGUACCCCCAAGCAGAAGAUGAAGAUGGAAGUGAAGCAUCCCAGGUUCUUUAUUUUGUUUGAAAAAUACGAGGGCUAUAAGACUGGGAAGCUGAAGCUGAAAAAGCCGGAGCAGCUUCAGGAGGUGCUGGACAUUGCUCGCUUGCUGGUGCAGGAGCAGGGUGCCCUCGGGGACUCGGUGGCUGAGGAGCAGAAAUCCAAAUUGGAGCAGCUCAAGACUGUUUUGGAGAUGUAUGGGCACUUUUCUGGCAUCAACCGCAAAGUACAACUGACUUACUUGCCUCAUGGGCAGCCGAAGGCAUCCAGUGAGGAGGAAGGUCUCAAGGAAGCCUCCCCUUCUCUGCUCCUGGUGCUGAAGUGGGGGGGUGAGCUGACUCCUGCGGGGAGAGUCCAAGCAGAGGAGCUGGGGCGAGCCUUCCGCUGCAUGUAUCCGGGGGGCCAAGGGGACUAUGCUGGCUUUCCAGGCUGCGGCCUUCUUCGACUACACAGCACAUACCGCCAUGAUCUCAAGAUCUACGCCUCUGAUGAGGGCAGAGUCCAGAUGACAGCGGCAGCAUUUGCAAAGGGCCUCCUUGCUCUGGAAGGGGAACUGACUCCGAUCCUGGUGCAGAUGGUGAAGAGCGCCAACAUGAAUGGCCUCCUAGACAGCGAUAGUGACUCUCUCAGCAGCUGCCAGCACCGGGUGAAGGCUCGCCUCCGGGAGAUCAUGCAGAAGGACAUCUCAUUCUGCGCAGAGGACUACGAGAAGCUGGCACCAACAGGCAGUGCCUCGCUCAUCAGGUCCAUGGGAAUCAUCAGGAAUCCAGUGGAGACCUGCGAUCAGGUCUUCGAGCUGAUUGAGAGCCUCACUUCCCAGAUCCAGAAACGUCUGGAAGACCCAAAGUCUGCUGACCUUCAGCUGUACCACAGUGAGACCCUGGAGCUGAUGCUGCAGCGCUGGAGGAAGCUUGAGCAGGACUUCCGACUGAAGAACCGGCGUUACGAUAUCAGCAAGAUCCCUGAUAUCUAUGACUGUGUCAAGUAUGACAUACAGCACAACGCCGCCCUGCAGCUGGAAGGCACCUCUGAGUUGCUACGGCUCUCCAAGGCUCUAGCAGACAUUGUCAUUCCCCAGGAAUAUGGCAUCAGCCAGCAGGAGAAGCUGGAGAUUGCUGUGGGCUUUUGCCUGCCUCUCAUCAGGAAGAUCCAGCUGGACCUGCAGCGAACCCACGAGGACGAGUCUGUCAACAAACUGCACCCCUUGUAUUCAAGGGGAGUCCUGUCUCCAGGGCGCCAUGUUCGGACACGUUUGUACUUCACCAGCGAGAGCCACGUCCACUCCCUGCUUAGCAUCUUCCGCUAUGGAGGCCUGCUGGAUGCAUCGAAAGAUCCCCAGUGGAAGAGAGCCAUGGAUUACCUGGGUGCCAUUUCAGAGCUGAACUACAUGACCCAGAUCGUCAUCAUGCUGUAUGAAGAUAACAACAAGGAUCCAUCGUCCGAGGAGAGGUUCCACGUGGAGCUGCAUUUCAGUCCUGGAGUGAAAGGCUGUGAAGGGGAAGGCAGUGCCCCUGCGGGAUGCGGCUUUCGCCCAGCGUCAGCAGAGGUGAGCUUGCACCUCCACAGGAGAGCUGAGUGCCGCCCUUUCUUCAGAGGGCAAGGGUGGCAAUUAGAUGCCAAGGCUGGGUAUCACCUGCAACAUGCCCAGCCCUGGAGGUCGUAGGCCUGCUCGUGCUGCAGGAGGAGUGUCAGAGUGAGAAGCCGCUGCAGCCUUCUCUUGUUAACUCUAGUAGCAAAAUUACUGAUACACUAAAAAUAUCACGAGGAGAAGUGUCAGAAUCCUCGGAAGAUUUUAUAAUAGAUUAUUAGAUGGCUA